AUGUCUUCUCAGGAUAGUAAGUACAGAUACCGAGUGGAGAUUCAACAGAUGAUGUUCGUGUCAGGUGAGUCCAAUGAUCAGCCUGUGGAAACCACAUCUUUGAUUGAAGACAUUGUUCGAUCGCAGGUGAUAGAUAUAUUGGUGGAAUCUAGCAGAACCGCCAAUUCAAGAGGAACUAGAUCAAUUGCUCCGGAAGAUGUUAUCUUCAUGAUAAGACACGACAAGGCUAAAGUGAACAGACUAAGAACGUAUCUUUCGUGGAAGGAUGUGAGAAAGAAUGCUAAGGACCAAGAAGGAGGUGGAACCGAAUCUUUAAUUGAGAACGAAGCGGCAGCAGGUCCCACUACUCAAGCUCAAGAUUCUUCCAAGAUGUUGACCAAGUAUAAGAAGCUGAAAAUCAGACUUCCUUGGGAGUUACAGUUUAUGUUCUCAGAACAACAUUUGGAGACCCCCGAAGAAGCAGAACAGGUGGACGAUGAUGAAAAAGCUGCUACCCUUGCAUCGUUAAAGAGGUUAAAAAUGGCCGAUGACAGAACCAGAAAUAUGACCAGAGAAGAAUACGUUCACUGGUCUGAAUGUAGACAGGCAUCCUUCACGUUUAGAAAGGCCAGACGGUUCAGAGAGUGGGCUCAAAUCUCCCAGGUGUGUGACUCAAGGCCCAAUGAUGAUGUUAUUGACAUCCUUGGGUUUCUCACAUUUGAAAUGGUUUGUUCUUUGACAGAAGAAGCCAUGGAGGUCAAGAAAUUAGAGGAGAAAUUGUUUCAUAAACUGCAUAAGAAUAAUACUGAGGUGAGCGAGGCCACCAGAAAGAGAAAGUAUCUUUUUGAUAAACCCAAUGACUUGUCCACUCCAAUAUUACCAUACCAUAUAGCCGAAGCGUGGCGUAGGCUUCAAGCUAUUGAAUUCAGACAAAGGGCUGCUAGAGGCUAUGCCGGAGGAAAAUUCAAAUCUAAGACAAGAUUGAUUUGA